AUGGCAGUACACACGGUGCUCGUCGACGAGCUCAGCAACAGUCGAUAUGGCUCCUCGACCAUCGCUUUCACGUUCCUAGGCCUGGUUUUGAUAGGCUACCUGAUCAACAUCCUCUACGUAGCCUUCCUCGGACCACUAUCAAAAUUUCCAGGCCCACCAUUUCGAGCAUUGAGCAAGCUCCCAGCCAUCCAAACAAUGUUCGCCGGCCGCGACGGCGAAGUCUACGCGGAACUCCACCGCCAAUACGGUCCCAUCGUCCGGAUCGCCCCCCACCAGCUCUCCUACAACGGUGGCGCUAAAGCCUGGAACGAGAUCUACGGCUUCCGCAAACCAGGCACUGGCAAACUGGCCAAAGACAAAACCUUCUACGGCCGACCCAUGAACGGCGUCGACGGUCCCAUAACAGCCGACGAUGCCAAUCACAGCCGACAACGCAAAAUCCUCAGCCAUGCAUUCAGCGACAAAGCACUCAAGGAACAGGAACCACUUUUGAAGCACUGGGCGGAGAAGAUGCAGCAGAAAAUGCUCGAGCAGGCUACAGCUGGGAAGCCAGUCGAUGUCUUGAAAAUGCUCAAUUGUACCACCUUCGACAUCAUGGGCGACCUCACCUUCGCCGAGAGCCUGGACAUGCUGGAGGAGAGCGAGUACUCGCCGUGGGUGAAGACGAUCUUCGCCUCGAUCAAAUUCGGCACCAUGAUCCGUGGGGUCAAGACUUAUAGCCCCAUGGUCGACUCCCUCGUCACCUCGCUCCUCGCUCGCGUACCUGCUGUGCAGAAGAAGGCCAAGGAGCAUUUCGGCUAUAGUUCUGAUCGCGUUGAUCGACGGCUUGAUCGGGAGCCCGAGAGGCCGGAUCUCUGGUCGAGGAUCUUGGAGAAGAGUCCGUUGGAUGCGGAGGGUGGGUUGACUCUGGGCGAGCAUCAUAGUAUUGCUUCCCUGUUUAUGCUGGCGGGGACGGAGACGACGGCUACGGCGUUGAGUGGAACGACUUACCAUCUUCUCAAGAACCCGGAUACCAUGGCCAAGCUCAACGAGGAAGUCCGCUCUGCUUUCCUGUCGUUCGAGGAUAUGCAUCUUGAGUCCCUCGCACGACAGAAGUACCUCGUCGCCGUUAUCCAGGAGGGGCUGAGGAUGUACCCGCCUGUUCCUAUCGCUUUGCCUAGACGAGCGCCGGAGGGUGGCGUGACGAUCGAGGGUGAGUAUGUGCCUGCUGGUACGACGGUCGGAGUUCAUCACCUCGCUACCAAUAGCUCCAAGACGCAUUUCAAGCAUGCGAAGGAGUUCCGACCAGAGCGGUGGUUGGGUGCGGAGGAAUUCAAGGACGAUCAUCUGGAUGCUAUGGAGCCCUUUUCCGUCGGGCCGCGGAACUGCUUAGGCAAGAACCUAGCAUGGCACGAAAUGCGCCUCCUCCUCGCCACACUGAUCUUCCACUUCGACAUCAAGCUCAACUCCGAGUCCGAACAAUGGGAUGAUCAGAAGAUCUACACAUUGUGGGAGAAGAAGCCGUUGAUGUGUACUUUGACGCCUGUGCAGGCCGCAGCAUGA